AUGGGAUCUGCGCUACGCAGCUCGGCCUACGCCCCCAAUUCUAUUGCUCGGAGCGAGUUCCGUAUUGCCAGACGUCGUGCCUUAGGUCCCACGCCUACGUACGACUGCAACCACCCGGUGUGGACUGACCGAACGGAUGUCACUCCGCAGAGUCGCUAA